AAGAAAAAAAACACCAAGGCAAAAAUUGUACACUCUGAAAUCAACAGAAGAAAAAAGUAGCGCGUGGCUUACGGAAUCUUGUCGCCAAAAAAAUGUAUUCCUCAUUGUUGAUCACAAAAAUCAUAAUCUCCUAAUUCUGAAAACCCUGAAAUGGAAACUCAACAAGACAAGCCUAAGAAGACGAGAGAUUUACCCAACUUAUCAGAAUGCCAGUCUUGCGGAUUCAGGAUCGACACUUGCGAUACUAACGAAGACAACAACACUCUCCAAACCCUAUACAGUGAAUGGCGGAUCAUAAUUCUUUGUAAAAUUUGCUUCGUCGGCGUCGAAUCUUCAAAUCUUUGUUCUUACUGUUUCAAAGGUAAGAAUAACACUACCUCCUCCUUCAAUUGUGCCCAAUGCGAACGGUUUAUACAUAAAUCUUGCUUUGCCAAUUACUCUAAGUUUUCGCCUUGGUCGUUUUCGUCUAAGUUUUCCGUAUGCGUUGAUUGUUGGGUGCCCAAAUCGAUUGCUGCGAAAAGGGCUUAUGUUUAUAGCAAGAAAAACAAGAAAAAGAAACUGAAUUUGAAUUCUGAGGAUGUGGUUAUGGAUGUGAAUUGUGAUGUUAGGAAAGUCGAAGCAGCUGUUAGGGCUAGAGAUUUGGUUGUCGAGAAGGCUUUGGCUGCGCGAAAAGCUACUGACUUGACGCAUAAUGCGGUUGAUUUAGUGUCGGAUAGGACUGUUGGGGGUUUAUGUUUGGCGUACACGUUGGAUGAUCCGACUAGGAUGUUAAACAAUUUGAGUUCGGUCAGUUCGGCUGGUUCGAAUCAGUUGUUGGACAGUCGGGGUUGUAGGAAAUGUGAUGUUUCUCUUGGUGGUAGAAGUGCUAUUGUUGAGCCUGCUGUUACUGUUAGGGUUUCGGAUUAUGAUGUAUUGGGAUUGAAUAGAGUUGAUGAUAGUUGGACGAGACAAAAUGGGAAAGAUUUUGAAGUGAGAUAUAAGGAGGGAGAAGGAAGUUGUUCGGAUAAAGUGAUGAACUCUGAGUGUCAGUCCUGUAGGGAGGGAGAUGGGUCUAUAAUAGUUGCUGAUGAAAUAUACAUGGGAAAACCUGAUCGGUAUUUGAUCAAGUAUGCUAGGAGAACCACUGCGAAUGAAGGAUGCAAAAGAAAACCUGAUCGAUACUUGAAAAAGUAUGUUAGGAGAAUUUCUGCUCGUGGAAGAUAUGCUGGGAAAAUUGAUAGGUAUUCAAGAAAGUAUACUAGGAGGAGAACAGGGACAGAUGAAAUAAAAAAUGCAAAGCUGGAUAGAUUUUCAAUAAAGUAUACUAGGAGAAGCCUAAAUCAGAGAGCGGUUCAUGAUAACAGUUUCAGAUGCCUUUACGAACUCUUACAUCAUGAAUGAAGGCUUUUGCAGUUGGACUGAUGCUUGAGCUGCUUUAAGGAAUGAAAACUUCUCGGAAAGUUGCAACUUACGGUAGCUGAUGGUAAGAGGACUGAAUCAUAUGCUGGAUUUUUGAGGAGCUAAAUAAGGAGAGACACAAGUAACAUCAGGUUGUGAAAGAAAAAAGAAUUCUCAUUGGGGCCAAAUUAUCAUAUCCGCCAAUAUUAUAAUGUCUAUACCAGCAAGCUUGAAAAAAAAAAAAUUCUAUUGACUAGAAGCAUGGCACUCUUGAUAUCAAAAUCAUGACACAUCAGUUCCAUCAAGCUUGCUCAAGAAUUGAUAUAUUUUUAAACUUGAAUAUUACUUUUUCUAGCCAAUUCAUCAGCACUGAAUGCAACUGAUAAGAUGUUUCAGCAACGAGGAAAUUUUGUGUACUUCUCAUGAUUCGACUGUGGAGUAUGGACUAGUGUAGGCAAUACUUUUGGUUCUUUUAUGAGACUUUUUUUCACUGCAUUUUGAUGCUUCGUAAUAUCAGAGAAUAUUUUAGUUGGAUCAGAAUGCAACUAUAUAACUUCUGAAUAUGGAAAACAUUCAUAUCUCAAAAAAAAUGCGGUGAAAAGAAUGCCUGGAAUUCUUGGCGUCACGGAACUGACUGCUUCUUGUCUGUAUAGUUAAUGAGUUGUUGAGAGGUUAAAUUGAAAUGUUGCUCGACCAUUUUAAUGUUCAUGAUUUAGUAAAUGCAAACAUAGAAGAAAUGUUGCUCA